UUAUGAAAUUUCAAUAAAACCAGCUAGAUGGGAUCGACCUCGAUUUCACCCAGUACUUUUUGAUUAGUAACUGUUCGGUUUCGCAAAAUAGACCUGAGCAACUUAUGGAAAUAUUUCGUUUCAAGUUUCACAUUUGAUAACCGGAAGACGCCGCCAAUAAAUAAUGUCAGAAAACCACGAAUAUAUUAUCAAAAUGCCCGAAGAAAAUCCUGUACCAGAGUAUGGACUAGGAUACGAAAUUUUUCAUCAAAUGAAGCUUAGGGAAGAUGAAAUAGCCCAGUUCAUGGUAGAAACGGACGAAUCUGUAACGUUUGGGGAGCUUCUGGAUGAGUCAAUUAGGGUCGCCAUCAAUCUGAAAAAAAUUGGUGUUGCUGCUGAUGAUAUAGUAGCAAUCAGCUCUUGGAAUAAUAAGCACACAUGUGUUCCCUAUAUUGCUGGUUUAUUCAAUGGUAGUAUAGUGACUUUCUUAGAUCCACUUGUAGUUCCGAGUGAUAAAGCCUUCAUGCUCCGCAAAGUUACACCUAAGAUACUGUUUGUCGACGAGGAUAAUCUUGAGAAUAUUAAAGAGUCACUGAGACUAGGAGAACUGAAUAUAAAAAUUAUUGUUAUUGGGAAGGACCCUUCCGGAUAUAUCUCAUUCGAUGAAUUUCUGAACGCAUCGAAACAGGAAAUCAAAGAUUUUCAACCAGUUAAAAUAGAAGACAAUGAACGCACUGCUGUCAUUGUGUUCAGUAGCGGAACCACAGGAGUGCCUAAGGGAAUAUGCCUCUCACAUUUGGGCAUUCUGUCUCGAACUAGUGGAUACACCCUUCCUGUUUUCUUAAUAUUUACUUCUCCCAAUUGGAUUUCCUACAUUUUAGUAUUGAUAAAGUGCCUUCGAUUAGGUGGUGCGAGGGUCCUCAGUAAAUUUUAUGACAUGAGCCAAAUAUGGAGGAUGAUUGACAAAUACAAAAUAAAUAUUCUAAUCGCCUCAGUUUAUCAGUGUUGCCAAUUGAUUAAACAUCCCAUUGAGGAUGGUAUCAAUGUUUCUUCCUUGGGUUUGAUAAUGAUCAGCGGGGCAACCCUGCCACUUGAAAUAUACAAUAGGAUGAAAAAAGUAAUUCCUAAUCCUAUCAUACUACAAGCUUAUGGGUUGACAGAAGGAUGUGGGCCUUCUUUGGUAUUUGAUCUAGGCCGAGCUGAAGAACGAGAAUGGCAAAAAAAUAAACCAGAGAGCUGCGGAACUCCAAUUCCUGGCAUAUGGUACAAGGUAGUAGAUCCAGAAACCGAGAAGAUUCUGGGACCAAAUAAACCAGGAGAGCUCAGACUGAAAACAAAAUUCGCAAUGGUUGGUUAUUACAACGAAGAAUCAUCGAAAGAUUUUGACUCCGAUGGUUAUUUGAAAACUGGCGACAUUGUGCAAUAUGACGAAGAUAGGUGCUUUUACGUUGUAGACAGAAUACGGGAAAUGUUGAAAUAUAAGGGAAACGUAGUCAGUCCCACAGCACUGGAGAGUAUUUUAGCUACUCACCCUUCUGUGGAUAUAGCAGCAGUGAUUGGCCUUCCACAUGUGGAAGAUGGUGACCAUCCAUUGGGAAUCGUGAAGUUGAGAUCGAAUUGCACCGCCACACCCGAGGAAUUAGUGGAAUACGCGUAUAACAAAAUCGCAGAUAAAAUACAAAGAUUGUGGGCUGGUGUUAAAAUAGUCGAUGAUCUACCAGUGAAUGGAACAGGGAAAAUUCACAAGAGAAAGUUGAGAGACAUGGUAAUGGCAGGAAAAAUUUAAUAAUGUUAUUAUUGUUUAUGCUUUAAAAAUAUAACAUCAGGAACAAAGUA